CUUUGCGACAACAUCCCCCUUUUAUAGUAGACGUUGUUAUUAUCAUAAACAAUUUGUCUAUUUGAAAGCCUCUACUGUCAAGGUUGGGAUGAUUGGUGCUAUUAAUCUGCAGGAACAAUAACCAGCCUGAAAAUGGCACGCAACGUACGCCAACAGGCGCUGCAGAAGAUCGCCAUACUCUCAGCCACCAGUUCGACGACCGCCUUUGAUAGAUCUGACCUCGAUCGACUAUGUAGAGCUACGAAUAUUCGCGGGAAGGGAAAGGAAGCCGCCAAUGGCUCGGCCAAUGGAUAUACUUCGUCUUUGGCUCGUGUUCCUAUGACUAUACGUGAAUUUGAAGUUCUCAUCUCCCUCUGUAAAGCUGCGCCGAUGGUCCAGAGCAGUUCCAGUGCCCAGAAGCUCGUCAACCAAUUAAUACCUUACAUCCUCGAUGCGCAUGCCCAGACCUUCCUCCCUUCGCCUGCCUUCAACAAGAUCGAACCGUCACCCAUCGAGGCAUUGACUGCCAAUGUAACCGGUGCCCUUCUCUCGCUGGGGAAUAAAUAUGAUGAUCUACACGAGACGGUGUCUGACAACAUCUGGGCCCUCCUGGCCGCGAUGCGUGUAGCCAUACAGGCCACAGUUCCUCCUAAGUUCGACGAUACUGCCCAACCAAACCUAGAGGAUGCCAUUCGUGUUGCAACUAUAGCCAUCUCUCUCUUAGGUUUCUUAGAUGCCGCUUCUGCUCAGGCUAACUUUUGGAGGACCGGUGGAAGACUAGCUCUCAUCCAGAGGGUUAAUAACAUGCUCACUGAACCCUUUCUAACCGCCGUGGAUGGUGCAUUUUCUACGAUUCGAAAUGCUCAUGCGUCGGAUCGUAAUGCUAAGGACUGGAAGAGAUGUCUUCGACAUUAUUCUCACCAGGGACGGCCUUUAGGGCCUAUGCUAUUACAAAGAAGCUUCAUGUGGCUCUUGGUUUCUGCAACUUCUCUCCUAAUCGCGGAUGUCAAGCUUCUCAGGUCUUCUCACAUCCUUGACUUGCUAAUGACAAAGAAUAGCCUGCUGAAGCUGAAUUCUCCAAGUCCCGAUGCUGAUUUUCAGUCGAUUGAGCUGUAUAGCAGUAUUGCCCAGGAAGUGAUGGAACGCCUCGAAGCUAGUGCUGACUUCAUCGAGCUCGGCUCGUCUUCGCAGCAGAGAUUAGCCUACUCUGUUAAGGCCUCUACGAUUAUUAGCUACCUUAACUGUACGGUGCUUAAUGAAGAUGCCGCGGACCCGGAAUUUCUCAUGACUUGGCUUCAGGAAUGUUUGGAUAACUCGAUCCAAAUGGCAGACGAGACAUUGGCGUCGACUGUCCUUCGUUCAAUGGCUAUCGUUUCUAAAAUUUCGCCAAGCUUUGCUCCUACUGUAAUUCGACUUCUUCCCCGAUUCCUUGUACAGACUUCACUAUCUAGCAAUAUUGUCGCUACUGCGUCAAGAUGCCUGGCUUUUGCUUUGCAUUUGCUUUCCCAGGAUUCUGUCAUUACUACGUUAUAUACACUUGGAAAUGUGCUAAGCCCGGAUGGCGAUCAGAAUGUCCAAAAUGGACCGGCUGAUUUCGGGCCCGGUGCUGCUGGGCUAUCAAAUGUCUACCCGGCAGGACAUUCUACAGGUAGUGACUUGUCACUCCAGAUUCGAGGGGAAGAAGACACUUCAGUUGUGUAUGGGAAUAUUGUGCAGGCGAUAUGCAGCAUUGCAGAUUUGUGUAAUGAUGAGAAAAUCACGGCACUUGCGCAAGCGAUGCUGCUACAGAAAUUGACGAAGGUCAACCUGCAGGUCGACAGCCACAUCAUUACCGGAGCCAGCGUCCUCUCUCUAAACGGAGGGCAGUUAGAAUUCAGGUCACUUCUCAGAUUGUAUUCGAGACUGUGUCACAACGCGACUGCUGACGAUAAUGCGUUGAUUCUCGAUGCUGUUAGGAAGGCUCGAAAUCACAUAUCAGCAAAUGUGAAGCGUGAUUCUCCGCUAUUUGAAAUAUAUUGGGAUCACAUAUUAGAAGAGUUGAUCUCGAAGGGUGAUGUACAUCAGUCUCAGCACAUGAAGGAGUCUGAUUUUGAGUUCGCUGCGCGCGAGAUUGCUGAGCUCCUUCAACCUGUUGCAAUUUUGAUGUCGACACAUGAUUUUGUUACAGAGCUACCUGGCCAAGAUGAUGAUAAACACUCUCUGAUUCGAGAUGCUUGGUUCAACAUUGUAGUACAUGGCUUCACACCUUUGACUGAGAGGGGCCAGAAGUAUAUCAAUGAGCUACGGAUCAUGGCUAUUCACUCCCCGCCACUAGUAGCCGAGCAGAGAGGGGAACAGGUCGAAAGUGAUAUCGAGCUAAAUACUGUUCUUCGCCGAGCCAAUACCUCAGAACGGGAAUCGAGGCAGAAGAAGCUGCUUACGGAGCUUGUCCCGUCAAAAGUUUCCGAUAUUAGAAGUUUAAGCUACAGGAAAGUCAUGUUCCUGCAUGCUGCGUAUCUGGUUGAAAGUCUCCGCGCUGAUUCCGGCGACUGCACCAAGACCCUAUUUUACUAUCUAGAACCGAGCAUGCGCAAGGAAGAUGUACGAGGUGUUAUGGAGGGCAUCACCACUGCGGUCUUGGACAAGUAUUUGUCUAAGACUCUAGAAGCAAAGCUACCGACUUUCUCAGCCCACUAUGCAGCCUCACAGCUUGCAACGAUUUUCUGUGGGUGUUGCCAUCGUAUUCAACGCGUUCAACAAGCUGCGUUCUAUUGCGCCGACAAAUUUGUUCGAGAGACCCCUUCGUCUCUUUGUCAGAAGUCAUCGCUGUUUGCGCUUCUUGAGCUGUUGUCUCUUAUGUGGAUAAGCUGUCUUGAAGCCGAAACGGAGAUGUAUGAUCCACGAUCAAUCUUUACGUCUCGCCUAGGAAAUGUUACAGUGGAACUUUCUGACGACUAUCUGUUUCGAAAGACCACUCUGAACAACUUAUACACGAGAGCUAAAUCUUGGGUCUCGUUGGCAAUCAAUCUAGCGCAUUCUGACGUUAAGGGUUUGCUCCAGACAUAUCUCUCUGAAUUUGAAGACGAAGGGGCGUAUGGACACAUGUCACUUGGUCGAUCAUUCGCAGUGGAAAUGGGUUCAUCGAUUCCUGCUACGGAUCAGAGAUUGACCUCUCUAGAUCCCGUUGGUCAAACCGUCAUCAACACGGCAUCUCAUUUUAUUGCUCAAUACACAACACGCCAGGAAUACAGAUAUGGUGAGACGUUACCUAGCCAUGGUAAGGAUCUCGUAAAUAUCAUGCCGAUGAUGCGACGAGACUCAUUCAUCAAAGCUGCACCAACCGACCGCGCCGACGCUGUCACGGCAUUGGCUCAUGUAGAGUCCCGGGUUACCGGCAAGAAGACGACUCCUCUCCACGAUGUGAGAGAUAUUCUUCGACGCGCUGCAGCUCUGUUGUGUCGUAGUGGGAGAGAUGAGAGCUCCAUCACUCAUUACCUUGUUAGCAUCCCCUUCAGGAUAUUUACCAAAGAGUCCAUUAAUUUUGGGGUCUCUCUUUGGUUGGGUGUCAUAAAUGAGAACCCUAGGAUGGAGUCCCGAAUUCUUGCUGAGAUCGCCCAGCAAUGGGAGAUCGUCAUCCAUAGGAAACUUGGGCUGUUCAACCCUGCGCUAAUGCACCCGGAUCCCUUCUUCCUAAAAGAAGAAUUCGCUCCUAGCGAUAACGAGGGCCUUACGAGGCGUCGACAACAGGUACAUAACCUAUUAGCUCCACACACUCGCCUCAUCCAGUUUUUUAGCAGUCACUUCAACGCUACACGACUAGGUAGCCCGGAUACACAUAGAAUAUUCCUCCGUAUGCUCGAUGUGACGCUUGAUGCCAUGAAGAAAUCGGUCUCCCAUCCUAUGGCCAGAGAACUUCGCUUGCGAAUUGUUCUGUUCAGCUUAAGAGUGUUGAAAAUGACUAAUUCAGUCCGUCCGGCGACUCAAUGGCGACUUAAAGACAAGAUCCUGUCUGCAGGACUGGGUUGGUUUAGUUUUGCACCAAAAUGGUCUUUUGGCAGCAAUCUCCUUCAGCUGAAGACUGAAGUCCGGCUUAUUAUGGAUGUUAUGAAUGCCCUCAAGAUAGUCUCUUCCAUUGCGUCUCAGACCGUUGGCAACUUCAAAUCGCUAGCUCAAAAGGAGACGCUAUUUCAAACAUUGCUAGAGAGCGAACAGAUUAGGUUGAACGUUUGGGUUCAUCCGCUUAAUGAUGGACAUAGACAGCAUACGUUGGCCCAUAACAAGACAGCACUAGAAACUACUCUGAAACCACUCGUUCGGGUGGCUUGGGCUGAAGAUCCUUCUUUAGCAAUAGAGCUGGUCAACAGAUUCUCCAUCCCAGCUGUACAUAACGAGGUCCGUUGGCUGUUGUUGAAUUUCCCAGCCAAGGCUAUCUCCGAUCCCGAAGCUCUCCCAAUCCUAUUGGGAGGCGAACUACCGCCUGACGUUCGGUUCCAGCUAAAGUACUUACUCUUCUGGGCUCCGGUCAACCCCGUGACGGCUGUCACGUAUUUCUUGCCGGCCUAUCGGAACCACCCGUUCCUCAUCCAAUACGCCAUGAGAGCAUUAGAGUCUCACUCGGUCGACGUGACAUUCUUCUAUGUGCCGCAAAUAGUGCAAGGUCUUCGAUUUGAUGCUCUCGGAUACGUGGAGCGUUACAUCAUUGAGACCGCGCAGUUCUCUCAGUUAUUCGCCCACCAGAUCAUCUGGAACAUGAAGGCGAAUUCCUACAAGGACGAUGACGCAACAAUUCCGGACGCUAUCAAGCCUGCCCUCGACAAGGUGAUGGAGAAAAUGGUCGGCAGCUUUUCCGACGAAGACAAGAAUUUCUAUGAAAGAGAGUUCGCAUUCUUCGACGAGGUCACUAGCAUUUCUGGUAAACUCAAGCCUCUAAUCAAGCGUGACAAGCCCGAGAAGAAGCAAAAGAUCGAAGAGGAACUUAGGAAGAUCAAAGUCGAUGUUGGCGUCUACCUACCUAGCAACCCCGAUGGUGUUGUUAUCGGCAUUGAUCGUAAGUCAGGGAAGCCUCUCCAGUCACAUGCGAAGGCGCCCUACAUGGCUACGUUCCGUAUCAAAAAGUCGAAGGGUGGCGUGGAAGAAACGGAAGAAGUUUCGCAAGAGCUAAGCAAUGGCGAGUCAGCGGAGGAAAAUACGAUCGAGGUCUGGCAGAGCGCCAUCUUCAAGGUUGGUGAUGACUGUCGACAAGAUGUGUUGGCCUUACAGAUGAUUGCCGCGUUCCGCGGUAUCUUCCAUAGCGUCGGGCUCGACGUCUAUGUGUUCCCAUACCGCGUGACUGCCACGGCUCCCGGCUGCGGUGUGAUCGAUGUGUUACCUAACUCCAUCUCCCGAGACAUGCUUGGUCGUGAGGCAGUGAACGGGCUGUACGACUACUUCAUCAGUAAAUACGGCAACGAGGACUCGCUCCGGUUCCAGCACGCGCGCAACAACUUCGUGAAGAGCAUGGCGGCGUACAGUAUCAUCUCGUUCCUGCUACAGUUCAAGGACCGACAUAACGGCAACAUCAUGAUCGACGACCAGGGUCACAUCUUGCACAUCGACUUCGGGUUCUGCUUCGACAUCGCGCCCGGAGGCGUUCGGUUCGAGCGCGCGCCCUUUAAGCUCACGGGGGAGAUGCUAGCUGUCAUGGGCGGAAGCACAGACAACCAGGCCUUCAAGUGGUUCGAAGAGCUGUGCGUCAAGUCGUUCCUCGCGUGCCGCCCACACGCGGAGAAGCUGAGCCAGAUCGUGCUCUUGAUGAUGGAGAGCGGACUUCCGUGCUUCAAGCCCGAGAGCGUGAAAUUCUUCAAGGAGAGGUUCGUGCUCGAACGCACCGAACGCGAAGCUGCUGAUUUCGUGAGGGAUCUGGUGAGGAAGAGCGCGGGAAGCUAUAGUACCAUGGUGUACGACCAGUUCCAGCUCAUGACCAAUGGCAUUCCCUACUAGGUUGCUUGGCCUUACUAGGUUUACUAUAAUAAAGGUGGAUGUUCGAGAUGCUGUGAGUUUGUGGGGGCGACGAGCUCGUUUGCCUGGUUCGGUUCACUUUAGUUCAAUUCAAAUCAGUUUUAGAGUUAGAUGAGACGUAAUUGUAGCUAGCUAGUAAUAAUACCAGAGGGAGCUCUGAUGUGGUGUUUUGGUGUCGUGAGAUAGGUGUAUAUUAUGUAACGAAUAUCGCCUA